AUGUCCGAACUCUCCGCCUUAACCGUGGCCCAAUUGAAAGAAGCCUUGAAGGAAAAGGGUCUUUCUGUUGACGGCAAGAAAGCCGACUUGGUUGCCCGUUUGACAGAGGCCCAGGAAUCGACAAACGAGUUGGACGAAGUUGAGGAAGAAAAGGCCCCUCAAGAAGAGGCAAAGGACGACGCACCCGAGGCUGAGGUGCCAGCCAUAGCUGCCGAGAAAGCUGCGGAGCCAGAACAAGCUGCUGCUGCAGAGCCAGCCGCAGAGACUGAAAAGGAAGAGAAACCAGAGAAGAAGGUGUUGACCCCUGAGGAGAGAAAGCAGAUGGCGGUUGACUUGUUGACCAAAAAGAUCAAGAGAGCUGAAAAAUUCGGUGACGAGGCUGCUGCCACCGCUGCCAAGAAGGACUUGGCUCGUGUAGAGAAGUUUGGCGUAGACCCUAGCACUGCAUUGGCCAAGGAGAUUGGAGCUUUGAACAGAGAUGUGAACACCGAGUUGAGCAACAAGAAGUUCCGCAGAGGCAACGGUAAGGGCAAGGGCAAGGGUAAGGGUAAGGUGAGCAAGAACGAGGCCUAG